GGGCGGGGCCACGUGCCAGACAUCUCUCUCUCUCUCUGCCUGUCACACGCACAACCUAAAGUCAGAGAAGACAAUCACAAACAGCCCAUUUUGGGAACAUUAGCACAACAUUUGGAGGGUAAAAUCCAAGAAAACCCACAAGCUGCCCUAGCCUUUGCGGACACAUUAGAAAUCCCUUGGGUUUCGGUGCUCUUCUGCCUCGGCAACAGGUCGAAGGCCGAUGCCGAGCUUAUGGCGGCCAUGCCUUUACAAAAGCCUGGGCUCGUCCGGGAUUUGAACCCGGGACCUCUCGCACCCAAAGCGAGAAUCAUACCCCUAGACCAACGAGCCUGCGCCUGUGCUGGCUCGCAGCGCCUGGACCCACCUGCUUGUAACUAA